UAACUUCCAUUCAAGGUUAAAAUUGAAACUAAUUUGAGCUCUUGAAAAAGGUGAAUAAUAGUUGUGUUGUUAUUGAUUUAAAGUAUUAUAACUUUAAUUGAGUUGAAAUGGAAGUAGUUGAACUUUACCAAACCUACAAGUUUGAGAGUCGCGAAAAAUAUUUGGCAUUGAAAUGGAAGAUAUCUCACGUGGUGCUUUAUUUAUCUUGCAGUCUGAUUGGUUUUGUUGGCAGCGCUGUAGUCCGUAUAUCAGAGCGUAGUUUAGAUCAGGAAUGCUUGUUUUACAGCAAAAUAGUCGCCGAAAAAGAUGAGGUUGAGGAGAAAUGGUAUGUGUUGCCCAGUCACACAGUUUGGAGCAAGCAUCACUGCUAUGGAAUUAUGUUUGUUUUUACCAUUUCCUUUGUCUAUGGAAUGAUAUGGACGGUGUACUUUUUUACUUGCUCUGUCAGUCAGUACAGAUACAAAAUAAAGCGUUUGGAAAGUUUUCAUGGCUACGGACCUCCACAAAGACUCGUUCUUCCCGCACUAGUUUUUAAUGUUGUGAUGACUUUAAUUUCUGGUCCUAUAGCUAUUGACGCAUGGAAUGGUCUUGUUGUUUUUUGCAAUAACAUAAUGCAAAUUACCAAUUCUUAUACGUGCAUGGAUGCGGCGAAAUUGAUUUAUCUUAAUAAAGACGAGAAUAUUACCUUGGAAGAUGCCAAAGGGUUGGCUAAUCUAAUUCGCUUUUUUGGAAUCUCUCUGUUCUUUGCCUGGCUAUUGAAUUCUCUGCUGCUUUUGAUGAGGAUAUUUUUCUGGCCAGACUACAAUCUCAUGAAAGAAAUCAACAUUGAGUUCCGUUUACAUGAUAAACCAGGAAAAGAUGUGUCGGAGUUGUAUAAAGAGAGAGUGCGAGUGUGGAGAAAAUUCUUGAAGGAAAAAGGGUUGACAGGCUCAAUCAUGCAAUCAAUCAAAGAGAUCGAGUUCACUUUUCCAUGUUUGAGAGAAUCGGCAUCAGCGUCAUGCGAACUUACCGAUGAUUACGUCUAUGCCAACGAGGAUGCAUUCAAUCUGGCGUUCACAGAGUCUUCCACGGCUACUGAAGAAAAUAAUCCCAACGACGAUGACAUUGAUCCUGAAAAUCCGUUGAAUUUUCUGUCCGUAGAAACGAUUCAUCUGUCAAAACGCAGGCAGACUGUUGAGGAGAAAGAACGUGGCUUAGUUAGUCGGUGGAUUGUGCAGGAAUUGGAAGAAUUGGUCGAGCAUAUCACGCCCAAUCAAGACGUUGAUGUAGAAUCCAAUACCGGUACAUCAAAAUCUGAUACAAGUUUUGAUAGCACUAAAACUUUGAAGAGGAGAAAAGAUUCAGAUGAAAGUUCAAACAAAAGUUUGAGAAAAACUUUAUAACAUAUCAUUUCCGUUACUGAGGCCCGGUUGCACAAAAGCCUGUUAAAUUUUAAUCAUGAUUUUUCUCUGUACAAAAUUACUUCUCACUUGAGAUGGACAUGCGCAGCCCACAGGGGCCCCAUUUAGGGGCGGCAGGAUCAGAUAAAUAAUGAAAAUGCGGGUCUAUCUACACGAAUCCUUAGAAUCUCAUACUGAUUUAAUACUUUUUUUAAACAGCAGUAGUAUAAUUCCUUCUACAGUAUCAACAAUGUAGCAAUAUCAACAAUUGCCUUGAAAGUAUGGCUACGGGUACGCAGUAAUAAAGAAUAUAUUUUUCUCUGUGGUAUAGUUGAAGCUUAAAUAUAGAAUGGGUACAAUAAAUUGAUGAGGGCACAAUAAGUGAGUUAUUGCAUUAAUUCCAAUGAGAGAAUUAACAAGUUGCAAGAUGUCACUGUGAGAGCAAAAGAAAGGGCACCAUCAGAGAAUUAAAAAUGUAUGUACACAGAGUUGGUGAGAUUAUGGGAACAGGUUAAUGUUUCUUUAGCUUUCCAACUGAAAGUUAUUUUCCAAUUAGAAUAUGAUCCCUUAUGAAAUUGUUGAAAUUGUCAUCGUAAAAGAUAAAUUAUAUGUUUCAAUGACUUUUAAGAA